CGUUAUCAGAUCUACCCAGUCCCGUGAGCUUUGCCAACUCAAUAUCGACUCUAUUUAAAACUCGGGGAAGCCAGAUAUAUUAACUUGUGGGCUGCUCUUGGAUGAUUGCUUAUAUUGACCUCUCCGCACAGAAUCACCACUGUAACCAAUGAGCUCCGUUAUCGCUCCAGAAGUCUGACUACCCCGAAUCUCGGAACUAAAACACCGCACGCACCCACUCUUCGUUUUCCAAAGAAUACUACAGUGCCAUCAAUAUCAAGAUGGGUGGCGGCAACAAUCCGCCGGGCUUCCCUCACUCCAACCCCACAGUCAGCUACUGGCAGGACCCUCCACACAAGAUCGCCAACCACCGCAGCACAGAGACCAUCCCGGACCAGACGUGGGAAUACGUCAUCGUCGGCUCGGGAGUGUCGGGCGCCGCGACGGCCUUCAAGCUGCUCAGCCGCGACCCGUCACUCAAAGUGGUGAUGCUCGAGGCGCGGACCGCCGCGUCGGGAGCCUCGGGGCGCAACGGCGGCCACUGCCGGCCGGGAUGGUGGUCGCACUUUCAGCUGUACGCGACGGCGUUCGGCGUGGACGAGGCGCUCAAGUUCGAGGCGCUGGAGGAGGGCACCGUCCAGGACAUUGCGGACUUUGUGAGGGAGCACGAGGUGGACAAUGACUUUCAGGACCUCGAGACGGCGGACAUCUUUGUCACGGCGGAGGGCUGGGAAGAGGCCAUGGCCAAGCUCGAGUUCCGGGAGGAGGUGAGGCGGAAGACGGCGGGGGACCGCGGGUCGCAGGUCAAGAAGACGGUCCUGCAUAAAGAAGAGGCCAGGAGACGCCUCGGGAUGCCAGACGCCCAGGGCGCAAUUGUAUAUCCCGCACACGCGCAGAACCCGUAUCUGCUGGUGUGUCGGAUGCUGGAGCUGGCGAUGGAAAAGGGGCUGAACUUGCAGACAAACACGCCUGCACUGGCCGUCAAGCAGGACGACGGCGGAGUCUGGACGGUAGAUACGGAUCGGGGAACGGUCAGGGCCCGCAACGUCGUGCUCGCGACCAACGCUUACAGCAACAGCCUGCACGCGGGUCUCGCGGGCACCAAGUUCCUCAUCCCUGCGCGCAGCCAGGUGGCGGCGCUCCGCCCAGGCAAAUCCAUGGACCCGAACUUCCUGUUUGGCCACAGCGGCGGGCCGUGCGACGUGCCGACGGGCGACUACUUCAUGACGGCGCCGCGGGGCUCUCGCGGUGAGGGAGACGUUCUAUGGGGCGGUGGGCGAAGCGUUUCCGAGACGAGCGAGGUGGGCAUCACGGACGACUCUACCGUCAAUGAGCAUGUGGCGUCGUACCUGCACCGGGCGCCGGGCAUAUUCUAUGGCGCCGACAAGUGGGGACGCGACGGAGACGGCGAGGGAGGGGACGGCGUCGUGCGCGACUGGACAGGCAUCACUUGCUACACGCCCGACACGCUGCCGCUGGUCGGGGCGGCGCCGGGCGAGCCGGGCCUGUGGAUGACGAUCGGGAUGAAUGGCCACGGCAUGGCGAUGGCGUUUCGCUGCGCAGAGGCGCUGGUGCAGACCAUGUUGAGCGGCAAGGGGGCAGACAUGCCCGACUGGUUCCCCAAGUGUAUGCGGCUGGAGAGAGCGUGGGAGAAGCCCAAGCUCAACGUCCGCACGGCGUGGUUCGCCGAGUGUUCCUGAGCCGGCGGGUCAACAGCUCCUUGCUAUCAAAACCAUGGUCCAGAAAAGGCUGCAGCCAAGACAUGCCGUCUCGUACAUCUCGAUAGCUGGUGGAGCCGGGUGGUCCCGGUACGCUGCCUUGUUCAUGCAGAUGCCGUUCUUGGUUCUUAUGAUCUAUCUGGCCACUGAAUCAAGGUUGGGAAACACGCUGCUGGGGAUGGAACUCUGUUUGGUCAAAGAGCUAUAUUACACUUUUUCUAUACAGUAAUGGGACUUGUUGACUGCCGGUAGGUACGGUUGUAAUAGUAAUAACGACAAAGCCAGUUUUUUUUUUUUUCUUUUUCUUUCUGUUAAAGGCACACAAACGCCCACUCAAGACAGGGGAGCCAGGCAUGUGCUAGCCAUUACUUCAU